AUGGCCCGAAUAUCAGAUCCUCUCGUAGUUGGGAGAGUGAUUGGAGAUGUUAUUGAUAAUUUCUCUCCAACUGUUAAGAUGUCUGUAAUUUACAACUCCAACAAGCAAGUCUAUAAUGGCCAUGAGUUUCUUCCUUCCAUGGUGACCUCUAAACCUAGGGUUGAUGUUCUUGGGGGUGAUAUGCGAUCCUUCUUUACACUGAUCAUGACAGACCCAGAUGUUCCAGGCCCUAGCGAUCCAUUCCUAAAAGAGCACUUACACUGGAUGGCCACAGACAUCCCAGGCACAACAGAUUCCUCGUUUGGAAAAGAGGUGGUGAGCUAUGAGAAACCAAGGCCAAACAUAGGGAUUCACAGGUUGGUGUUUCUGCUGUUCAAGCAACAAAGAAGACAGGCAGUGAACACUCCACCACCUGCAUUGAGGGAUGGGUUUAGCACUCGGAAAUUUGCGGAAGAGAACGAGCUAGGCCUUCCUGUGGCUGCUAGGCGACUAAGAAGACGGGAUAAGCCACCAAUCCCCCCCCACCUCUCUCUCGCUUUAUUGUCGAAGAGGACACCCAACCUCCGGCAAUCUCCACCUUACUCCGGCGUUGUUGAUUGUAGUAGAAAGAGUGAUUCGUUAGAGCUGGUUGGCAAAAGGACGAAGCCCGCUCAAGCCUCGGUUUCAUCUCUUCAAUCGGCACCUUCUACAGAUUUUUCUGUUCAAAGAGGUUAUUCUGCUAUCUUAUACAGAUUUUCUAUUCAAGGUUCUCUACCUAGGACGUUGAAGAAGAUGUUGACUCAAGAUCAAGCAAAUCGAGAUGCAAAAAGAUUGCGUGGUAAAAAGAUUGAUACGAUUGAUGAAUUAACUAUUGUUUGUGGCAAUGAUCAAGCAACCCGAGCAUGGGCAUGUUCAGGCAAAUAUAUCAAUGCAAACUCGUCAAGACAAAUGAAUGAUAGUGACGAUGAUUACACACCGAUAUUUGAUCUUAAUGAGAAUACAACAGUCGAUGACUUGGGUGGUAUAGAAGGUAAUGGAUCUACACAACAACAAGAGAGUGGCAGUAGUCAAAUACAUGCUCAAAGCAAUCGCAACCAUGGAUAUUCAAAGCCUAUGAGACGUAAUUCAAAGAAGCCGAAAAAUGCAAAGAUAGUUAUCGAAACAAUGAAUGUUGUUGCAAAUAACAUGGUAAGACUAACGGAUGCAUACGAGAAGAGUAAGUCUUGCAUAAAUUAUUCAGACCUUUACAAAGCUGUCAUGGAUGUUGAAGGGUUAGAUAUUGAUAGUCAAAUGACAGCUUUUGCGUACUUGAACACAGAUUCUGUCAAAGCGAGAGCAUUUUUGAUCUAUCCCGAAGAAAUGCUCUAUUUAUUUUUAAUAGUCGAAUGCAUGCAUUUUCGAUUAGAGGAUUAUAAGUUCCUUGGACUUAGUUUUAUAGUGGUGGUCGAAUAA